AGCAGUAUACACCGCUAGCUAUUUAUAGGCCACCUACUCGGCUUCUCCACUUCAUCAAAAGCGCAAAGAUACACACAACAGAAAGAGAUCGUGAUCAGUUCGCGACCAGUGAAGCUAGCUAUGAUCACGAAGCGAGCGCACGUGAAGAUGGCCGCUUUUUUUGUGCUCAACUGCGUCCUCAAGGCCCUCUCGGCUUCGGUCGCGUGGCCGACGACGUCCUCCACCUCCGUCCUCGACGUGCUCCGCGAGCUGGACAUCGCCAACGCCCAGAUCCGCACGGACCCCGAGGCCAUAGCCCUCGCGUCGGCCGACUUCGGCAACGUGUCCGUGGCCGCCACCCUGCCGGCGGCUGUGCUGUACCCGUCGUGCCCGGCCGACAUCGCGAUGCUUGUGCGAGCCUCCUGCGCGUCCGCGUCACCGUUCCCAGUCUCGGCUCGGGGGUGCGGCCACUCAAUCCGCGGCCAGGCGUCGGCUCCCGGUGGCGUCGUCGUCGACAUGCCGUCGCUCGGGCGCCACACCGACUCCUCCGCGCGUCUCGCUGUCUCGGUGGAGGGGCGCUACAUCGACGCCGGAGGCGAGCAGCUGUGGGUGGACGUGCUGCACGCUGCCCUGGCGCACGGCCUCACGCCGCGCUCGUGGACCGACUACCUCCACCUCACCGUCGGCGGCACGCUCUCGAACGCCGGCAUCAGCGGCCAGGCCUUCCGCCACGGCCCCCAGAUAUCCAACGUCUACGAGCUAGACGUCGUCACCGGAACCGGGGAGAUAGUGACGUGCUCCAAGGAGAAGGACGCGGAUCUCUUCGACGCCGUGCUCGGCGGGCUGGGGCAGUUCGGCAUCAUAACGCGGGCGCGGAUACCGCUCGUGCCGGCGCCGGCGAGGGCGCGGUGGGUGCGGCUCAUCUACGCGGACGCCGCGGCCCUGACGGGGGACCAGGAGCGGCUCAUAGACGAGCGCGGCGCGCUGGCCGGGUUCAUGGACUACGUCGAGGGCUCCGUCCUCACAGACUACCAGGGCCUCAUCGGCAGCUGGCGCUCGCAGCCGCCGUCGUCCUUCUUCUCGGAGGCAGACGCGGCGCGCGUCGCAGCGCUAGCCGAGAAGGCCGGCGGGGUCCUCUACAGCCUCGAGGGAGCGGUGUACUACGGCGGCGCCGGCAACACGUCCGCCGCAGAUGUCGACAAGGGGCUGGAGGUGAUGCUACGGGAGCUGCGCUACGCGCGGGGCUUCGCGUUCGUGCAGGACGUGUCGUACGUGGAGUUCCUGGACCGGGUGCACGGCGGCGAGCUCAAGCUCCGCGCCGAGGGCCUCUGGGACGUGCCGCACCCGUGGCUCAACCUCUUCCUCCCGCGCUCCCGCAUCCUCGACUUCGCCGCCGGCGUGUUCCACGGCGUGCUCCGCCGCGACCGCGCCGCGGGCCCCGUCCUCGUCUACCCCAUGAACCGGGGCAAGUGGGACGGCGAGACGUCGGCGGUGUUCCCCGACGAGGAGGAGGUGUUCUAUACGGUGGGGAUCCUGCGGUCGGCGGUGGCCGACGGCGACCUGGCGCGCAUGGAGGAGCAGAACGCGCGCAUCACGCACUUCUGCGAGGACGCCGGGAUCCCGUACUGGCAAUACCUGUCUUACUACGCGACGCAGGCGGAGUGGGCGACGAGGCACUUCGGGCCCGGCAGGUGGGGCAGGUUCGUCGAGCGCAAGAGCAAGUACGACCCCAAGGCGAUCCUGUCGCGCGGCCAGAGGAUCUUCACGUACCCACUUGCAUGAUCGAUGCAUGGCUAGAGCCGGAGAUUAUAAUAUAAUAUUCAUGUCCAUCGUAUACAUGCAUGCAUGUGUGUAUUAGCAUGCAUGGCAAAGGGAGUACAGUUAGUACGUACUACUCCUGUCUAGCGCGUACGUAGCUAUUGCAUGCACGUCAAAAUUAAGUUGAGCAAGUCAGAACAGUAGUAUGUUGUAGUAUAUAUUAUCAUGGGCAUGGAUGGAUCGAUGGAACAGCAUUCCUCUCUCGCUGUCUAUAUAUAGUGUGUGGGGGUUAGCACUGUAUAACAACGGUGUGCGAUCUAUUGCAUGAAUGAAUUGUACUUGCAUAUAUAGAUAAAUGUUAUAGUAGCAUUUGAA